GUCUGUGCCCUUUAAAUAUGCUCUCCCCAUAACACUGAUGUUCAAUGAUUGGUGCAGGACCAUGGACAAGCAGCUGGAGCCUGAGGUGAAGUCCAAACUGGCAUUCCUGGAUGGAGACAUGGUUCAAGCUGUUCCCAGCAUACCAGAGAGGGGCCAGUGGGCCAACAAGAUGGAGUUCAUCCUGGCAGUAGCAGGCCAGAUUAUUGGCCUGGGUAAUGUGUGGCGGUUCCCAUAUCUGUGUUACAAAAAUGGAGGAGGGGUCUUCUUCAUUCCUUAUGUGCUGUUCCUCUUCACCUGUGGCAUUCCCCUCUUCCUGCUGGAGACCUCUCUUGGCCAGUACACCAGCCAGGGCUCCAUCACCUGCUGGAGAAAGAUAUGUCCUCUGUUUGAAGGUCUGGGUUAUGGAAGCCAGGUGGUGGUCUUGUACUCCAGUAUUUACUACAUAAUCAUCCUGGCCUGGGCAUUCUUCUACCUGUUCUCGUCCUUCAGCAGCGAGUUGCCCUGGGCAAACUGUAAAAACUCUUGGAACACAGUGAACUGCAUGGAGUUUGACAAAAGCAGAGGCCUGUUCAACUUGACCCUGUUUGAAAAUGCUACAUCACCCGUGAAAGAAUUCUGGGAGAGAAGAGUUCUGAAUAUCACAGGGAGUGUGUAUGAACUUGGGAACAUGCGAUGGGAGUUAGUCCUGUGUCUUAUUCUUUCCUGGAUCAUCUGCUAUUUCUGUGUCUGGAAAGGAGUUAAAUCCACAGGAAAGGUGGUGUACUUCACAGCUACCUUCCCCUAUGUGAUGCUCAUCGUGCUGUUGGUGCGUGGGGUCACUCUGCCUGGAGCAGCAGACGGCAUCAAGUUCUACCUCUACCCUGAUCCAGCACGCCUGGCUGACCCACAGGUGUGGAUGGAUGCUGGUACUCAGAUUUUCUAUUCAUACGCCAUUUGUAUUGGAUGUCUAACUGCUCUGGGUAGUUACAAUAAGUACAACAACAACUGUUACAAAGACUGUGUUUAUCUGUGCCUGUUGAACAGUGGGACCAGUUUUGUCGCCGGUUUUGCCAUUUUCUCUGUGUUGGGGUUCAUGGCCUUUGAACAAAAAGUGAACAUCUCAAUGGUUGCAGAAUCAGGUCCAGGCUUGGCUUUCAUCGCCUAUCCUCGAGCAGUGGCCAUGAUGCCUUUACCCCAGUUGUGGUCUGCAUGCUUCUUCAUCAUGAUCAUCCUGCUGGGGCUGGACAGUGAGUUUGUAGGUCUGGAAGCUUUGAUGACCAGCAUCACAGACAUGUUCCCCGCGUUCUUCCACACUGGCAGGCACAGACGCAAGAUCCUCCUGCUCCUCAUCAGCAUCGCCAGCUUCCUCAUCGGCUUAGUCAUGGUCACAGAGGGCGGUCUGUACAUCUUUCAACUGUUUGACUACUAUGCCUGCAGUGGCAUGACUCUGCUCCUGUUUGCUAUCUUCCAAUCUGUGUGCAUUGGAUGGGUGUAUGGUGCUGACCAUCUCUACGACAACAUAGAGGAUAUGAUCGGAUACCGCCCUUUUCCAUUAAUAAAGUACUGUUGGAAAUACGUCACACCAGUGAUCUGCUCAGGCACAUUUGUCUUCUCCCUCAUCAAGUACAGCCCUCUGAAGUUCAACAAUGUCAUUGAGUAUCCUUGGUGGGGUUACGCCAUUGGCUGGUGGUUCACCCUCUCCUCAACGUUGCUGGUGCCCAUUUGGAUGCUGUACUCAGUUCUUUCCACACCGGGAAGCCUUCGAGAGAGACUGCGGGCGCUCUGCACCCCAUCCUUAGACCUUCCAGAGAACUCCAAGAAGAAAAACCCCAUCUACUGUCCGGCCAACCAGGACUAUGUGAACGGGAACGGGAACGGGCUCCCACCCCACUCCACAGAUGCAUCAAGCUGGAGCAAGUUCAGAGACACUGGCCCUCUUUAGAGGAGUGCCCUCAAGCCCCUUUGCUACUCAGACUAAGCUGCGUCAGAGCAAUAACACUUUCAAUGCUGUUUUUAUAUAUACCUCUUGUGGUCAGGUGGCAGGUUUAAUUCUCUUAUGGACGGUGUGUUUUUUUUUCAGUUAUAUAAGUGCCAAUGUGUUCCUGUGACCUAUCCACUUUGUGCCAAGUAG